AUGCCUCACCCUGGAGACAGAAUGAGCGGGGCGCCCCUCCUCCACACCCUGCUCCUCCUGCUGCCGGCCUGCGGGCAGCCACACGUGUCCAGCCGAAUCGUGGGGGGCCGGGACGCCCGGGACGGAGAGUGGCCCUGGCAGGCGAGCGUCCAGCGGCACGGCGUGCACGUGUGCGGGGGCUCGCUCAUCGCCCCGCAGUGGGUGCUGACAGCCGCGCACUGCAUCCCCAGGUGGGCGCCGCCGUCUGAGUACCGUGUGCGGCUGGGCGCCCUGCGCCUGGGGCUGCUGUCGCCGCGUGCCCUGUUGGCCCCGGUGCGGAGGGUGCUGCUGCCUCCCGACCACUCUGAGGACGGCGGCCGCGGGGACCUGGCCUUGCUGCAGCUGCGCCGCCCAGUGGCCCUCAGCGCCCGCGUGCAGCCCGUGUGCCUGCCGCCACCCGGCGCCCGCCUGCCCGCCGGCACCCCUUGCUGGGUCACGGGCUGGGGCAGCCUCCAGCCGGGAGUGCCCUUCCCCGAGUGGCGGCCUCUGCAGGGGGCAAGGGUGCCGCUGCUGGACGCUCGCACCUGUGACCGCCUCUACCACGUGGGCACUGAUGUGCCCAGCGCGGAGCGGAUAGUGCUGCCCGGGAACCUGUGUGCUGGCUACGUGGAGGGCCACAAGGACGCCUGCCAGGGCGACUCUGGGGGCCCCCUGACCUGCGUGAAGUCGGGGCGCUGGGUGCUGGUGGGCGUGGUGAGCUGGGGCAAGGGCUGUGCCCUGCCCAACCGCCCAGGCGUCUACACCAACGUGGCCACCUACAGCCCCUGGAUCCAGGCUCGCCUGGGCCUCUGAUGCACGGAUGGACCAGACA